ACAUAAAAAAACGAAAUGACCGGGGAUAACGGUAGAAGGAGGAGAACCGAGCGAGCGUCGGAGCUGCGAUGUGGCUCAGAGUCCCGAAAAACAGGAGAGGGGAGAGUUAAAAGGGCGCAUGCGCAGCCGGAAGUGAAGGCGCCGGAAGCCCGGCCGAGGGCUAGGGGUUGCCAAGGGCAACGAAGAAGGGCGAUGGCAGCCACGGUGGUGGAGGAGGAGGCAGAAGCAAUAGCAAGGGAGGCUCCUGACCCUUGCGUCGCGCUGCGUCUCGUGGCCGCUGCCGCCUGGCACGUGGUAAAGAAGCAGCAGGUCCACGACUUCCCCCGCGUGCUGGCGCUGCUGGAGGCCGUGAAGGAAGCGGCACCUGACUUGGUGCACUUCCGGCACCUUGCCAAGCUGCGGUUGGGCCUGCAGGCAAUGGUGAUCAUGAGAAUGCUUCAGGAGCAGCAGCCAAAUGGCAAGAUCUACAACGCUCUAGAUACGUUCUUUCCAGAGGGGGAGACUCAGCCCCACACCAAAGCUACGCCUCAGGACGUGGAGAUGGUGCGGUUGGCUCAGGAGAACUUCCGGGAUCUGGUGUUUGGGUUGCUGAGUGACCGCAGGGAGAAGGAGAAGUAUGUGCAGGAGCACCUGGAAAAGGAUUACGGAGAAGCCUUUAUGCAGGUGGUUGAAGAGCUCUUUCACGACUACCUGUGGCAACUGGAGAAAACCCUUCCUGAGCCCCAUUUGCAGCAGCUGCUGGACGCCGCCUGCCUCCAAGGGCCCAGCCAGACUCCCCAGCCGGACUCCAGCAUCCUCUCGUGCUACCUCUCCACCAUGGGGUACCAGACCGCAGGAUUACCUACCCACCCACCUUCCCCCCGCCUGUCAAGCUCCCUAGUUCACAGCGAGGAGGAGGGGGAACAUAGGACACUUGAGCCCUCCCAGGCACACACAUACAGGAGUAGUUCACCCUGCGCCCAGGAACAGAAUUCCCCCAGGCGUCGGCUGGGCAACCAGGGAAUGGAAGAAGUCGAGGAUAUUGUCCUGGAUUCAAGCAGUGACGGGUGCAGUUCCCCUUUCAAGAAGGGAGAGUACCAGUGCACCAGACACAACACCCUCAUCCCCACGUUGCAGCAGUACCUUAGCAACACCAGGAAUCAGUGCGCUAGUUCUUCAGGCUCAGCGAAAUCCCAUCUGACAUGACAUCCGCCCCACUGGUCUCCUCCUCCAAAGAUGCCCGCACAAAGACAUUUCCAGAGCUUUAUUUAUGGUUUUGGCAAACAGUGCAAAAGCUUCUGUUGCUGUUCCACUGUCGUCUUUCCCAACCUGUCUUUGGCCUGGCCCACGGAAAACGCCUCGCCUGCUCCCUUUCGAGUUUGGUCUCGGGAAGGAAAGACGCAAAUUGCGCAGCGCAGAAGCGGGACUGGCGUGCAAAUACUGGAAUAAAAUAGUUAC